UUGGACGGGGCGAGCACGCCGAGCAGAGCAGAGCAGCCGACGACUUCACCGCGCGGAGGCGUUCCAGGUCGUCCAACGCCUCCAUCUCCAUCCCACCCCCAGCACCAGCCGGUCGGCCUCGGCUGGAUCUCGCCGGCCGCCUCCAAUUGGCUUCCGCGCUCGGGCCGGCGGGGUCUUUCUCUAGGCCUGCAGAUCCGCGCCUGCGCCUGCGCCUCGUGGAAACCUCCGCCUCCUCGCGUUGGAUCGAGCCGGUUCCCCUCCGUCCCGCACGAGUCCUUCCAAGCGAUCGGAAUUUCCGGCCGGGCCGGCACGGGGAUUCGGGCCUUUAUCAAGCCAGGAGCUCCUCCGGGUGGUGAGAUUCCGUAGGAGGGCGGUGCUCUGAGGUGAUCAGGGCAGGAUGAGGGGGCCGGCGUGGCGGGCGCUGCUGCUGGUGCUCGCGCUGGCCUUGGCGGACGCGGCGGCGGGGAGGUUCGUGGUGGAGAAGAACAGCAUCCAGGUGACGUCCCCCGACGAGCUCAAGGGCAAGUACGAGUGCGCCAUCGGGAACUUCGGGGUGCCGCAGUACGGGGGCACGCUGCACGGCUGGGUCAAGUACCCCAGCACCAACCAGCAGGGGUGCCAGAGCUUCGACGACAUCUCCUUUAAGCCCAAGAAAGCCGGGGGACGCCCCAACUUCGUCCUCCUCGACCGCGGAGAAUGCUUUUUCACCAUCAAGGCAUGGAACGCCCAAAAUGCUGGAGCUGCCGCAGUUAUUGUUGUGGAUGACAAAUCAGAACCUUUAAUCACAAUGGACAACCCAGAUGAAGGCAAAAAACACCUAGAAAACAUCACUAUUCCCUCUGUGCUUAUAACAAAGAAAUUGGGGGAUCAACUUAAGAAAUCUGCAGAAGCAGGUGAGAUGCUUAGCGUUCUUCUGGACUGGAGAGAAUCUCUUCCUCACCCCGAUGAGCGUGUAGAGUAUGAAUUCUGGACAAACAGCAACGAUGAAUGUGGUCCUAAAUGUGAUAUGCAAAUGGACUUCGUGAAGAGCUUCAGAGGAACUGCACAAGUUCUUGAGAAAAAGGGUUACACCCAGUUUACUCCACAUUAUAUUACAUGGUAUUGUCCAGAAGCUUUUGUCACGAGCAAACAAUGCAAAUCACAGUGCAUCAAUCACGGGAGAUAUUGUGCACCAGACCCAGAGCAAGAUUUUAGCCAAGGAUAUGAUGGAAAAGAUGUUGUGGUUCAAAAUCUACAUCAAAUUUGUGCAUUCAAGAUUGCUAAUGAGACUGGCAAGCCAUGGUUGUGGUGGGAUUAUGUGCACGACUUUGCACUUAGGUGCCCAAUGAAGGAUAAGAAAUACACACAUGACUGUGCCAGUGAUGUUAUCAAGUCACUUGGAUUGGACGUUGAGAAGGUAAACAAGUGUGUUGGGGAUCCUGAUGCUGAUGAGGAGAAUGAAAUUCUAAAGGUAGAACAAGAUGCUCAGAUUGGCCAUGGUAAAAGAGGAGAUGUCACAAUACUGCCGACCCUUGUCAUCAACAACAGGCAAUACAGAGGUAAGUUGGACAAAGUUGCUGUCUUGAAAGCAAUCUGCUCAGGAUUCGAGGAGACAACUGAGCCUGCUAUUUGUUUGAGCGAAGACAUUCAAACAAAUGAGUGUUUGGACAACAAUGGUGGUUGCUGGCUGGACCAGGCUAAUAACGUUACUGCAUGCAAGGAUACCUUCCGUGGGCGUGUUUGUGAGUGCCCUAUUGUGAAAGGUGUAAAAUUUGUUGGUGAUGGAUAUACCCAUUGUGAAGCUUCUGGUAUUGGUAGGUGUGAGAUCAGUAAUGGGGGUUGCUGGCAGGACACUAAAGACGGGAAGACAAUCUCUGCCUGCUCAGUAAGUAGAUGUUCUCUUGAGACAUUAGUUUUUGCUUUCCAGUUUGUUGACAGUGUAAAAUCUAAAUGUGGAAUUCUGCAGAAUGAAGAAUCUGAAGGGUGUAAAUGUCCAGCAGGCUUCAAGGGUGAUGGAGUAAAAAGUUGUGAAGAUAUUGAUGAAUGCAAAGAUAAACUUUUCUGUCAGUGCAAGGGUUGCAGCUGCAAGAAUACAUGGGGAAGCUACGAGUGCAGCUGUGGUGAUGAAAAGUUGCUGUACAUGAGAGAGCAUGACACUUGCAUCAGCAAAGAGGGAACUACCACAACUGUUGGCUGGAGCUUCCUCUGGGUUAUCUUCUUCGGACUUGUUUUUGCUGGGGUUGGAGCAUACACAGUGUACAAAUACAGGCUGAGGAGCUACAUGGAUUCGGAGAUCCGCGCCAUCAUGGCUCAGUACAUGCCCCUGGAUAACCAAGAAGGAGCAAACCAGCAGCAUCAUGUUGCGCAUGCGGAUGAUAUUUGAAACGGCUCUCCUUUUCUGGAGCAGCAUAGGAGCGUGCAACAUUUCACCUGGGCUGCUGCGUCCGUGGACACCAUACUUUGCAGAGGUCAACUAGGUGUGAAGAUACCGGUUGUGUGCGGGGAGAUUUGUCGUACCAUGUAUGAUUCUAAAAGACACAUUGUUGUGCACCUCUUUUACGACACAGGAUGAACAGCAUAGGCAUAGGGGAUGAUACCAUCAUAGUUUAGCCCUCGGUCACCUUUAGUUUUUCUCAAAACUUGUGUGAGCUCGUGUUGCCCCGUUUCAUACAUGUCUACACUGUGUAAAUACUAUUGUUCAAACUAUAGAUUUUCUCUUGCCAUUACCUGAAUAUAAAGCUUGGGCCUACAUGGCUACAAGCGUUAUAUGUACCAAUGCUCCAAAGCAUUGGUUUUACAUAUCUGUA